AUGAAUGAUAGAUUAAUAGCGGUUAAAUUAAUUGUGGACGGCAAGGCCAUAAACGUGAUAAGUGUUUAUGCGCCGCAGUCAGGCUGCGAGGAGAGUGUAAAGGAGAAGUUUUGGGAGGACUUUGACUGCUUGAUGAUGAAUGUACAGGAUAGUGAGGAAGUAUAUGUGGGUGGGGAUUUUAAUGGUCACGUAGGAAGAGAGAGCGAUGGAUAUGAGAGAGUGCAUGGUGGUAGGGGUUUUGGAACCCGGAAUGCAAGCGGCGAGACAUUACUUCAAGCUGCCAGUGCCUUCGACCUGGCCAUAACAAAUACGUGGUUCAAUAAACGAGAGGAGCACCUCGUGACAUAUAAGAGCGGCCACCACGCGACACAGAUAGAUUACUUCCUGGUGAAGCGGAGUAGUCUACGCUGUGUCAAAAACUGCAAAGUGCUGCCAGGCGAAGCAUUAGUCACUCAGCACCGACCUGUGAUUCUUGAUGUCAAAGUAACUGUCUCGACCAAAAGCAAUAAAGAUCGGCCCCCUCCAAGGAUUAGGUGGCGUAUGCUAGAGAAGGAAGAAUGUGCUGAUGUAUUUAGGAGUCAGGUUGUGGAAAAAAUGUCAGAAAUGAAGGAGAUGGAAGGUAGAUGUGUGAAUGAAUGUUGGAGUGAAAUGGCAAGCCAUAUAAGGGAAGUAGCAAAAGACGUGUGCGGAGAGUCGAGAGGAAAAGGCUUGAUAGAUAGAGAUACAUGGUGGUGGAAUGAUGAAGUACAAAAGGUUUUGAAAGAAAAGAAAGUAGCAUUCAAAGAAUGGCAGAAUGUUGAAAUAGUGAAUGCAAGUCUGAAGGAUGACAGAAAGAGAAUCUACAUGGAAUGGAAGAAAAAGGCGGUAGCAGUUGCCAGAGCUAAGGCGCAGGAGAGGUUGUACAACUCCCUGGACAGUCAAGAGGCCAAAAGCUCUACCGAAUUACGAAAGAGAGAGAGAGACGAUCGAGGACAUAACCCACAUAAAAUGCAUAAAAGAUGA